AUGGUUUCAUGCUUCGGCGAAGGGAAUGAGGGGCCGCGCCCCCUCACCCCCUCAGGACGCCCGCGGGACGAGAAACCGAAGGAUGAAAAGGUCUUGAAGUCGUCGGCUAUGGAUGUUGCAGAACUCAAGGAUUACGUACGAUCCCCUCCUUACAACAUUCGCUAUACCCCCUCGAGCAUCAUGGGGCUGAGGAGAGGAGCGUUCGGAUCUGUUUAUCGUGCGCUGAAUUGGAAUACUGGAGAGACGGUCGCGGUGAAGCAAAUUAAGCUCACGGACCUUCCUAAGAGCGAAUUGCGUGUUAUCAUGCUGGAAAUUGAUCUCCUGAAAAACCUCGAUCACGCCAAUAUUGUCAAGUAUCAGGGAUUUGUGAAAUCCGCUGAAACAUUAAAUAUCAUCCUCGAAUAUUGCGAAAAUGGAUCCCUACACUCCAUCGCCAAGAACUUUGGUCGCUUCCCAGAGAAUCUGGUUGGCCUGUACAUGUCCCAAGUGCUGCAUGGACUUCUGUACCUGCACGAACAAGGUGUCAUCCAUCGGGAUAUCAAGGGUGCCAAUAUUCUUACGACGAAAGAAGGUCUUGUUAAACUGGCAGAUUUCGGUGUAGCAAGCAAAACGACUGGCUUGAGCGAGUCGAGUGUGGUCGGAACUCCAUAUUGGAUGGCACCAGAAGUCAUUGAGCUGUCGGGUGCGACUACUGCGUCAGAUAUCUGGAGCUUGGGAUGUACAGUAAUCGAGCUUCUCGAGGGUAGACCCCCUUACCACAACUUGCAACCCAUGCCUGCCCUGUUUCGCAUCGUUAAUGAUGACCACCCUCCACUUCCCCAGGGCGCCUCGCCAGCCGUUAAAGACUUUUUGAUGCAAUGCUUCCAGAAAGACCCGAAUCUGCGAGUUUCGGCAAAGAAAUUACUAAAACACCCUUGGAUUAUGAAUGCCAGGAGAACUGAUUCUGUGGUCCCAAAGAAAUCCACAGAAUAUGAAGAAGCCGUGAAGAGUGUACAGGAAUGGAACGAGGCUCUACGAUCUCCUGGUGCAGGCACUUCGAGGAAGACAAACAAAUUCGACCACGGAGCUGGUCCACUUCCUACUCAACGCAAUUCCCUUGUGGAUACUAUGCCCUCUCCAACUUCUUUCAAAGCCACGGACCGAUUUCGAUCUCCAGAAUCUGCGGAGGAUGAUAAUUGGGACAAUGAUUUCGCGACUGCGAUCUCACCUAGCGCAUUGCAGCUUCCUCACCUCCGGCCCCAUGAUAACUUUGGGGGUAUGCUCUCUUCUGAACGACUCAAGGCAUUUGCAUCGCUUGAUGGAACAAUCUUGAGAUCGGAUGACAGCUUCGACGAGUUUGAGGACUCGAUGCAGGCCCUGGAAAACGAUCCUUUGCAGACAAUACGACCAUAUCCUGCUAGAGCCUCAGCAGCCGAGCCAUCCAAAUCUCAAAGCCCCACUCGACGACAAACGAGCAGGCCUCAAGCAUCUGCCAUACAAAAUGUCCCGGUUCUGACACAGAAUCCUGUCCCUCCGAUGAGGCGUCGACCGGCUGUCCUCUACAAAGAAAAUUCAGUGGAGGACUACACAGAUCUCAUCAUGGCGAAUGAAGAUGUUCUCGACCGGAAACUAGGACUAAUUGAAGAGGAUGACGACCCUGCGUCUCCAGUUCGUGAAAAUGGAUACAACGCAUUUGAUGACGACCGAAGUGGCCAGCACCCCCAGUUGCGCAAGCAGCUCUCUGUCAAGCGCGACCGGUCGACUAUUGAGAUACAGAGGUUUGCCGAAAACGAGACUGACGAAGAUUUCUCCGAUAUUCUUGGAGCAAGCCAAGUGGGAUUCGACGCCACGGAAAGCGACGAUAGUUCGGACCGCAGCACUUUAAUGCUUAACUCUAAACUGUCUAACAAUUCAUGGUUGGGCGAUCAAGACGACGAUGACGAUCCCUUUGCCCAAUUAGAAGAAGGCUUUGAUGAGAUGGACUUAGAAGCCAAUAUAGCCCGUGACAAAUAUGCACGUCUACGAAACCAAGUUGAAAGUCUUGUCGGCUCGCUGAAGACUUCCCAAGAUGAGGAUGUUCUUGCAGAUAUAUCCGAGCAGCUCCUCGCGGUUUUCUACGACCUUCCCGAAACCAAGAAUAUCAUUAUCAGCGCACAUGGAAUGCUGCCAAUCCUGGAAAUUCUUGACACAUCGCGGCGACGAGACAUUGUCAUUUGUUUGCUUCGAGUUGUAAAUGCCAUAAUCUUCAAUGACUACGAGGUUCAAGAGAAUCUAUGCUUUGUUGGUGGUAUUCCUAUUGUGAAUGAGUUUGCAUCAAAGAAAUAUCCCCGCGAGAUCAGACUGGAAGCUGCUGCUUUUGUGCAGCAGAUGUAUCAAACCUCCACUCUCACACUUCAGAUGUUCGUUAGCGCAGGAGGUCUCAAUGUUUUGGUUGAGUUCUUAGAAGAUGACUAUGAGGACGAACGUGAUCUUGUUUUGAUUGGUGUUAACGGAAUUUGGAGUGUCUUCGAAUUACAGGGCUCAACUCCGAAGAAUGAUUUCUGCAGAAUCCUGUCCCGCAACUCCGUCCUCGACCCUCUUUCGCUCGUUCUAAGUCGUGUCCUAGACGAGGAGGGUGAAUUAGCAGAACUAAUUGAGGGCCGCAUCGCCAACAUCUUCUUCAUAUUCUCGCAGGCCGAGAAUCACGUCAAGGAAAUGGUGGCAGAGCGAACAGUGCUUCACAGAGUUCUCAAAGAACUACGAAGAAUGUCGCCUAUUCAUCAGGUCACAAUGUUGAAAUUCAUCAAGAAUCUUUCUAUGCUUUCAACUACCCUGGACUCCCUCCAAAAUUCAAAUGCAAUCGAUGUUCUGACCGAUCUACUACGGUCAACCAUGAAAAAAGGGCAUUUCCGCGAAGUUUCAAACCAAAUCCUCAACACCAUUUACAAUAUGUGUCGCUUGAACAAAUCACGACAAGAAGACGCAGCUCUCAACGGUAUCGUGCCAUUGCUUCAGAAGAUCGUCAAAACGGAGAGACCAUUGAAAGAAUUUGCUUUGCCUAUCCUUUGCGAUAUGGCACAGUCAGGUAAGGUUGGCCGUCGAGAGUUGUGGCGUAAUAAAGGCCUUGCAUUUUACAUCUCUUUGCUUGCGGAUCCAUACUGGCAGGUGACUGCUUUGGAUGCUAUCUUCACUUGGCUACAGGAAGAGACUGCCAAGGUUGAGGAGCAUCUCUUGGACAGCCGUCCAGAUAAGACCUCUUUUACAGACGCUAUUGUGCGCUGCUUGGCACUUUCCAAGGCCAAUGCAUUUGAGAACAUCCUUGAACCUCUACAGAAGCUUCUUCGACUGAGUCCUCCAGUGGCAUCGACAUUUGCUCACCCGGAUCUCUUCAUGAGACUAGGACAGAAGCUCCACCAUAACAAGGCUGCAGUGCGACUGAACAUAUUGCGUAUCAUAUCCAGCAUAUGCGAUUCCAGUGAACAACAAGAUGGUUUACUUGCUACCUACGGCUUGUUGGAUGCCAUUCGCGAGCUGGAGAAUGAUCCCGCAAUUCUCGUUAGAGAUAUGGCAGGAAAAUUAAUACGGUCCAAUGAAGUAACCGACACGUAUAGUGUCGGCAAACGCAGACCAGUCAGUCGCAGGAAAAGCACAUCUACAUCACCCAACCCAUUCUCCAGUUCUACCCCAUCUACCCCCCAAACCAACCGCACAAGUCAGUCCAGGGCAUUAUUUGACGGGCGAGAAACCCCACGGCAUCCGCGUAAUGCUUUGAGUGGCUCUUCCCUGGCGCUACGACCUGGCAGUCGAGACGGUAAUUUAUCAGCUCUCAGCUCUGCUGUUAAUGGCAGUGCAGCCGCAGCACGGCCUCGCGUGGCGCGCGGCCUGUCUAACCGGUUAUCACAGAUUGAAAUGUUGCACAAUGACGAUGGCAGUGCGCCCAACUCCCUCAGUCGUCGUCCUUCAAUCAUUCCACGACGCCGGCGUCCCACAACUGCUGAUUCUGAAUGGACAUAA